UUCAUAAAUCUAGAGGUGGGGCUUGAUAAUGGCAAUGUCAUCCUCUAUAACAGCAGUCUCUCGACUGGUUCACCUAACUCCAUCCAUAUCAAACCCUAAACCAUUUUUAUCCCCAAAACCCCUCUUCACCCUCUUCUCACUCAAAUCAUCAUCAUACUCCCCAAUCCUAUCAUCAUCAUCACUUAAUUCAUCUUCAUCUUCUUCAUCAUCAGCAGCAGCUGCUAAUUCAUCAAUAACAAUGUCUUAUGAUAAACAACUCGUUGCUGCCAAGAAAGCUGCUUCCCUUGCUGCGAGACUAUGUCAGAAUGUUCAAAAAGGACUGCUGCAAUCUGAUGUUCAUUCGAAAUCUGAUAAAAGCCCCGUCACAGUGGCUGAUUAUGGGUCCCAAGUUCUUGUGAGCUUUGUACUUCAGAAAGAACUUCCUGAUCAGGCAUUCUCACUAGUGGCAGAGGAAGACUCGGGAGAUCUUAGAAAAGAAGAAUCUCAAGAAACCCUUCAACGUAUCACAAAAUUAGUAAAUGAUACGAUUGCUAACGAUGGAAGUUACAAGGUGUCUCCUUUAUCUGAAGGGGAUGUACUUACUAUUAUUGAUAGCGGUAUGUCUGAAGGAGGCCCUAAUGGCCAACACUGGGUUUUGGAUCCUAUUGACGGUACUAAAGGGUUUUUGAGGGGUGACCAAUACGCUAUAGCAUUAGGUCUGCUAGACGAAGGGAAAGUCGUAUUAGGUGUCCUUGCAUGUCCAAAUCUCCCACUGGAAUCAAUCGCUAGCGCAAAUCAAACUGCUCUUAAUAAGGCAUCAGCAGGUUGUUUGUUCUCUGCACAAUUGUCUUGUGGAACGUACAUGGAGUCCCUUGAUGGCUCACCACCCGUAAAGGUGCAUGUUAGCAACACGGAGAAUCCUGAAGAAGCUUCAUUCUUUGAAUCAUAUGAGGCCGCACAUUCGUCCCACAGUUUAUCGGGAUCUAUAGCAAAGAAAUUGGGGGUUAAAGCCCCACCAGUUAGAAUAGACAGCCAGGCAAAAUACGGUGCGUUGUCACGAGGAGACGGUGCGAUAUAUUUAAGGUUUCCGAAUAAAGGAUAUCGUGAGAAGAUAUGGGAUCAUGCUGCUGGAUACAUUGUUGUUGCAGAAGCCGGGGGUGUUGCCACGGAUGCUGCAGGGGAGCCCUUAGACUUUUCGAAAGGAAGAUAUCUGGAUCUGGAUACAGGCAUCAUCGUUACCAACCGGAAACUGAUGCCGGCACUGUUGAAGGCAGUUCAAGAUUCUCUCAAAGAAGAAGUAUUGCCAUCACUCUAACAAAUUUCUUGUUUUUUUUUAAUAAAAGAAAAUAAAUUUGCUUUGCUAUUUCUGUUGUAUGCAUUAUUAGUUUCCAAAACACACUCUUGCUUUUGUUCAUGUUUCUGGGAUCAUAUGUUGUAGAAUUCGACAUUUUGUGCUGAUGUCGAAAAGUGUGUUGCUAUGUGCCAAUCGCGUCCUAUCAUGUAUCAAUGUGAGAUAUUGCUCCACAAGAGCCAGAAGGUGUAUGUUUAUGAGUUCUAAUUGGAUUGCAA